AUGCCGCCACUUCUCUCGCACAUUGCGCCGCCUUGCUGCUCGCCUGCGUGCCGCCUUGCCUCGCCCCUCGCCUCGCCGCUCUUCCUCCCCGACUUUACCCCCCCGACAUCGCCUCAUCGCCUCGCUCCGCAUCGCCGGCCAACCCCAGCGCCGCCUCCCACAGCGCGCCAUCGCCUUCAUCUCUCGCCUUCCUUCCCAUCCGCCUCUCCGCCCAUGCUGCAGCGCCACCCUUUCCCCGCCUCCACCCCCACGCAGUGUCCCUCGUUCCGCCCUUCCGCCGCAUCCUCACGCAUCCGUCGCCUUUCCCCCGCGCGGCGGCGCGGAGCGGGAGCGGUGGUAGCGGAGGCAGCAGCGGGCGACGGGGCGGGCGACGUGCAGACAUUUAUCCUCACGACGGGCGCGCUCGCUGCCGCCGCCGUCUCCCUGCGACUUGCGCUCAAGGUGCCGCUCUCCGCGCACCCACUCCGUGCACCCACUCCGCCACCCCUUCACCCCCCGCUGCUCAUCCUCCGAACGCCCGCCCCCCUCCCCCCUUCCCAUGGCCUCCCCUCCUCACGCCUAC